UUCCAAGGAUAACUUGCUUAACACAAAAGAAAGCUAACUCUUCUCUUGUUUUCUUCUUUAAUUUUUAUAUAUGGAAAAUUACCAAUAUGAGAAGAAGCCCAGAGUUCUCUGCCUCCAUGGCCAUGGAAGUAGUGCUGAAAUAUUGAAGAAAGAAUUGGUACUUGGUUGGCCACAAUUUUUACUUGAGAAGCUAGAUUUGGUGUUCUUGGAUGGACCUUUUUUACUUCAAGAUAAAGUGGAUGCUCGUGACAUUUUUCAUCCACCCUACUAUGAAUGGUUCCAAGCUAAUAAGGACUUCAAGGAAAUUUACCAUUUUGAAGAAUGUCUUCAAUAUGUUGAAGCUAACAUGGAGAAGUAUGGACCAUUUGAUGGUGUUUUAGGUUUCAGUCAGGGAGCAAUUUUAACUGCAUCAAUGCCUGGAAUGCAAAGGGAAAGAGUGGCUUUGACCAAAGUCCCAAAAAUAAAAUUUGUGAUCAUAAUAGCAGGGGCCAAAUUUGGAGGACUCGAAUUUGGAUGUCCCAAGCUUGCUUCUAAUGCAUUUGCAUCUCCAAUUGAGUGUCCAUCUUUGCACUUCAUAGGUGAAAAGGAUCCUCGCAUACUAAAUGAAGAAGAACUUGUGGGAUGCUUCAUGAAUCCUGUUGUGAUUUAUUACCCAGAGGGUCACAAAGUACCAAACCUAGGUAAUUCAUUAAAAUUCCUAAUUGUUGUUAAAUAUGUUUUUUUUAAGAGGUAGUUACUAGUAACAAUUAUAUUUUUAGCAUUUUUUGUAAAUGACGCUAAAACCUAUAGAGACAUUAGAUCUAAUGGCAAUUAACUAAUGUCGGUCUUUAUUGAUUUGUAUAUUUAUUAUCGUUAAAAAUUGUUUUUGUGAUG